UAAAAGUGCUAAUAUUUAAUGAGCUGGUGUAAAGGUCCAGGGCAAAUGAUUACACUUACUUUUUCACCCUAGUCUGCAGUUUUUUUGCUUUGUUUUGUUUUGGGUUUUUUUUUGCUGUAGCCAUACUUUCCCCUGACACGUGACUUUUGUGCUUUUCUAAGCACUACUAGAGGAAUGACCAAAUGCUUAGUAAUACAUUAAUACUUACAUGUGUGAUAAGUCCCCGUAGGAGUAGUGACCAAAUCCUAAAAAUUUAACCUGGAUCCCGCCUCUGAAAUUCCUAACAUAACCAGCAAAUACUGAGUAACCUUGGGUUGCACGCAGGAGUAACAUGACAACAUAAAAUUUGCUAUUUUUUUCAUCAGAACAGGAGUCAUAAAAGACAGACACAUCAAAGGCUCGUCAGUUUUUACAAUCUCUGAAAUUAUGUUAGACUUCACUACUUUGUGUCCUUGAUGGAUUAUUAACUAAAGAGAACUCAUCUUUAUAGUUAGUAGGAAGCGCAGACCAGACUCCUGCCAAAUGCAAGAGAGAUAGCUGAACUACUUUAUUGUUCUUAGCUGUAGGAGAAACUUCACUGAUAGUUGAAGUGGCUAAGCUGGAAGAAACAGAUGACAAAAACCUAGAAAACUUUACUUAUUUCUGUUGAGGUCAAAGGGAAACUUUUCCACUGUGCAGUGGCUUUAAAUGUCUGACAAUGGAUUCUGAAGUGCAUUGAACAUCAGCGGGAUUUAAGAACAAUUUCAGGAUCAUUUCAAAGGAAGGACAGAUUUGCAAGACUUCAUGUUACUGAAUUUCAGCUGAAUUUCAAUAUUGUGUGUGUCAAAGGAAGCCCCUCUACUUCAUCUGUUGAAUUAACCAUGGUGGGUACAGGUGGUCGAGUGGCAACUUUUGCUGUGUGGGAUUAUGUGGUGUUUGCUGGAAUAAUUCUGGUGGCAGCUGGCAUUGGCCUAUUCCAGGCCAUCCGAGGUCGCAAGGAGACCAGCAGCGAGGAGUUCUUGUUGGGUGGAAGGCAAAUGACAGCUGUGCCAGUUGCCAUGUCUCUCACUGCCAGCUUCAUGUCUGGCAUCACAGUCAUUGGUACACCUGCUGAGGCAUACCGGUUUGGAUCUGCCUUCUGGCUCUUUGGCUUCGCCUAUGCUAUCAUGUCUGCAAUCACUGCUGAGAUUUUUGUUCCUCUUUUCUACCGACUGGGGAUCACCAGUGCCUAUGAGUACCUUGAGAUGCGCUUCAGCCGCCCCAUCCGUGUAAUUGGGACAUCAAUGUACAUCGUGCAGACGGCUCUGUACACCGGUUUAGUCAUCUAUGCUCCAGCUCUUGCUCUAAAUCAAAUCACUGGACUUAAUCUGUGGGGAGUGCUGAUCGCUACAGGCGCGGUGUGCAUCAUCUACUGCACUUUGGGUGGUCUGAAAGCAGUAAUCUGGACAGAUGUGCUGCAGAUGGUGGUCAUGCUAGCAGGUUUUGUGGCUGUUAUAGCCAGGGGAGCUGUGCUGCAGGGAGGUCUGACGAAGAUUUGGGAAGAUGCUGGCGAAGGAGGCCGACUAGAAGCGUUUGACUUUGAUCCAAAUCCCCUGAAAAGGCAUACUUUCUGGAGCAUAGUACUUGGCGGUAGCAUAAUGUGGGUGUCUAUUUACUCAAUCAACCAGUCCCAGGUGCAGCGUUACAUCUCCUGCAAAACCCUCGGACAUGCCAAGAUGUCUCUGUAUGUGAACAUGGUUGGGCUGUGGGCAACUGUGAGUCUGGCUGUGUUUUCUGGCCUCACCAUGUACUCCAUUUACAAGAACUGUGACCCACUUUCAAAUGGUGACGUAGGCACACCUGACCAACUGCUUCCCUACCUUGUAAUGGAUAUUCUGGCAGACUACCCUGGAAUUCCAGGCCUGUUUGUGGCUGCAGCAUAUAGUGGUACCCUCAGCACAGUGUCUUCCAGCAUUAAUGCCCUAGUUGCUGUGACAGUAGAAGACUUUAUUCUACCAGCGUGCAAAAACCUCACAGAGAAGCAACUGAGCUGGAUUAACAUGGGCCUGAGCGUAGUCUUUGGAGCACUGUGCAUUGGAAUGGCUGGAGUAGCUUCACUGAUGGGAAGCGUUCUGCAGGCAGCUCUGUCCAUAUUUGGCAUGAUAAGUGGACCGCUUCUUGGUCUCUAUCUAUUAGGCAUGUUUUUUCGCACACCAAACUCAAUAGGAGGACUUGUGGGAAUGAUCAUCGGCCUAGUGUUGACUCUGUGGGUGGGGAUCGGAGGCCAGAUUUACCCACCGACAGCUGAAAAUACAAAUCCUCUUCCACUCACCACUGCAGGCUGCAACAACACAAUAGGUCACAACUACACAACAGUAACUCCCUGGACCAGUCUAGUGACUCUGACCCCAAAGCCUGAUUAUAGGCCUCCUAUAGCAGACUCCUGGUACGCUCUGUCCUAUGUCUACUUUUCUCUGUUGGGAGCAUUGACCACAAUGGUGUCUGGUAUGCUUGUGAGCAUGAUCACAGGUGGAUGCAAGCAGGAAAAGCUGAGUUCAGAGCUGUUUGUGAGGAAGAGUGAUUUAUUCUGUUUUAGCUGGUGCAGUAAAUCGAAGGAAUUAGACAUCACAGAAAAGUGUUCAACAGGCUUUCAGAUGGGAGCUGACAACCCAGCAUUCAAAGAAGACGACAUGAUGAGCAAAGAUGUUGAAAAAAUCACAAAACUGUAAUGGUACUGUAUCUAUGAAACGCUCUGUCGUGAGGGCAUUUUAAUUAAAGAGAAUACAGCACGCACACAAAACACUAGAUAAUGGUAUUUAUAUUGAUCAUGUGUUGAAAACCUCAAAUUGAAUCAGAAAUCAAAUUCAGAACUUGUGUAUUUGUUACAAAAGUUUUGAAUACAAUAUUGGAAAGAGAAAUCAUUUGUUUAUUGAAGUCAGAUGCCCAUAUCUUCUGCUCCACAUGGACCAGAUGUUUCCAUUUCACGUUCACUUGUAAUAGGACAAACUUGUAACUCUUUUUUAUUGCCCAUUGUGUUCAGUUGUUCUCACUGAUACGAGAUUGUACUUACCUGAACGUUGUACUUCAUUUCAUGCGGACACAGCAAUACAUGCUAGAGGUGUGAUUACUGUUUAGAAGGAAGCGUUUUCAAGCAUGAACAAUGGUCUUUUGUUUAUUACGCACUUUUAUAUUGAA